AGUCGUGGUAGUAGUCGAAUUAUUAUUAGUUGCUUUUCUUACUAUUAGUAUCAUUAUUGGACACCACGCAUUACUAUUGUUAUGCGUUGCACGGCUGCUCUCUGUCGUCGCGCCACGCUCGCGGCGGCGGUGCCACCCAACUACAGCAACACGCCUUAUAAAAAAGACAGCGAAGCCGAAGGGAAGCGGUCCAACGCCAACAAGAAUCGCGGAAACACGAGUAGCACCGCGACCCCCUUCGCACUUGUCGCCCCGAAGCUGAGUAGCACGCCGGGCACCACCUUCAUCGACCCGAACUCCACCACCGUCGCCACAAGCUUCAACAACAACGACCAAAUCAAGUCCUUUCGCCAGCGCGUCUGCGCGGCGACGGACGUAUCGAUGCGGCCGUUGCUGCUGCUGCUGCUGGAUACGCAGGCGGGGAAGGCGGUCGACGACGGAGAGGCCGCCGCUCCUCGGACCCCGGUGGGUGCGCGCGGGGCGAUGUACGGUGAGGUGCUGCAGCACCUCUCCUGCCGCUGGGCGGCGAAGUUCUACGGCAAAGUGACGUUUGCCCCUCGCAACUACCCCUACCCGUCCUCGCGCUGGCUGGCCCGUCGCUUUCAGAUGAAGAAGCACCGCAUCCUCAAGCGCUUCCGCUUUCGCCGCUACAAGCUCGCCGCGGUGGCGAAUUUGCCCUUCGCAAAAAUGAUUCGCGUGGGGAUGCUGCCGGAGCUGAAGAGCAGCAAGACGAAGAAGGGCGACGCCGUUGACGGCGGGCUGUCCUCGCAGUUGGUGAGUGUGGCGCGUAGCUCUUCGAGUGGGGGUAAGUCGAAAGGCAAGCGGACGCGUCCCAAGUCAAAGUAUCAGGUGUAA